CUGUCAAAUCAAGUUGUUCUGCGUCGUAAGCCUUCUGUUACAAGUCGUCUUACUUCUCGGAAAAGUGCCCCGGUUCUUAAUCAGAUUUUUGAGGAAGGGGAAUCUGAUGAUGAAUUUGAUAUGGAUGAGAAUUUGCCUCCAAAACUUAGUCGGCUAAAAAUGAAUAUUGCUUCACCCAGCACUGUGCAUAAACAUUACCACAGAAGGAAAAGUCAGUGCCGUGGAUCUAGUUGCAGUAGCUCAGAAACAAGUGAUGAUGACUCAGAAAGCAGGCGAUGUCUAGAUAAAGAUAAUGGAUUUACUUACUCCUGGCAUAGAAGAGAUAGUAGUGAAGGUCCUCCAGGAAAUCAAGGAGAUGGAAGUGGACAAGGAAAACCAAGCAAUGGAAAUGGAGGGAUUGACAAAACAAGUCCUGGUGAUAAUCAUAAAGAGGGUGGCAGUCCUUCCAGUAGCUCUAGUGGAAGCACGAAUAAUAAUUCAGGUUCUACUCGCAGAUGUGCAGGAUCUGGUAAUUCUGUACAGUUGUCAUCAAAAAGUGUGGGUGAUCUGGUUGAAAGCUUCAAGUUGAUGAGCAUUUGUUUAGGUUCUCAGAUUCACAGUAGCACUAAAUACAUAAUUGAUCCCCAAAACAUUUCAUUUUCCAGUGUGAAGGUGCAGGAGAAAUCAACAUGGAAAAUGUGCAUAAAUUCUGGGAGUGUAAAUCCAGUUUCAUCUUUGGGCAACAUAAAAUUAUUUUCUGACCAAAUGUCAGAUGCAGCAAAUGAGUUAGAACGAAUAAAGAACAAGAACUUGAAAAAUAAUGUGCUACAACUACCUCUAUGUGAAAAAACAAUAUCUCUGGAUAUUCAGCGAGACCCAAAGGAGGGACUGUUAUGUACAUUGGGUCAGACAACUUGCUGUCAUGUUGUUUGA